GGAAAACUGUCAGAAAAACGAUACAGGGUCAUAAAUUUCUAGGUUAUGAAUGUUUUUAAAUGUAGAGAUAAUAAACAAACAUUAAACGGGGAUUGUUUUAAUCGUUAUCAAUAGUUUAAUGAUUAACGGUGAUUUGUAGAUAAAGCUAAUGAUAAUCAAUAUAUGACUUUUUAUAUCAUUUGCGUUUGUUUUAUAUAUCAACAUGCAUUGAAUUUGAAUGGUUGAUCACAUUCACAAGAAUCAAGAAAAAUGGAGAGAACAUCUAAUGAGUACCCCAUUUGUCUUCAGCCUGAGCUGUUAGAUAGGGAUACAAUUAUACAAGUUUUGACUGAGAGGCAGUUAAAACUGAAAAAUCUAAAUUCCUUAUCAAGAGAAGAAUUGAUAGUCAUAUACAAAUCAUAUGUCCUACCAUUGCCGCAAAGAACUAAAUCAAAUGCAGAAACUAGUCACAAGCAUGAUAAUGCAAAUGAUAAUAAUCACGUAACAAAGAAACUAAAAGUAGACCAUUUUGAAAGUAAUAAUAAAGAAUCGAGAAAACGUAAUGGCCAUGGUCUCAGUGAAGGUGAUGUUACAAACAUAAAACGCAAACGUCAGAAAAUAACUUGGCCUUAAAUUACUUAACUAGUUAUAUUGAAAGUAUAGCUUAAGGUUGUUUUUACAUAUUGUAAGUUAGUCAUAUGAUCUGUCUAACAGAGUAUUUUAAAUUUU